AUGGCAACUCGUGGACGGGGUCGCGGACGGAGAGAAAAUGAGGAACCCGCUCCUACUGGCAAUCAAGAUGACUUUCUAGCGGCAAUGACCCAACUUAUCAAUACUAUGCAAGCUAAUGCGACGGCUAUCAACCAAACGAUGGGAAGGAUGAACGAAAAUGGGAAUGGUAAUGGAGCUGGAGGAAGCUCAGUUACAGGUCCGAUGACAUUGACAACCUUUCUAAAAGUUAAUCUUCCCACAUUUAGAGGAUUGACUGAUCCAACGGAAGCUGAUAACUGGUUCCAAGCUGUAGAGAGGGCAAUGCAAGCACAACAUGUACCAGAGAAUCAGCUAGUCGAAUUUGCUGCUUACCAACUGCGUGGGGAAGCACAGCACUGGUGGCAAGGAGCUCACCAUUUACUGCAACAAGAAAAUGAAGAUGAGGCUACCACCUGGGAGAGAUUCAGAGAGGAGUUUUACAAGAAGUACUUCCCGAACUCCACGAGACAGGCUAAGGAAUUGGAAUUACUACAACUGAAGCAAGGAUCUAUGACUGUGGCGGCUUACACAAGCAAAUUUGAGGAGUUGUGCCAUUUUUCAAGGGUCUGUCAAGGUGCCCCUGAAGGGUAUGAGGAAUAG